CCACUCUAAGACAAUCAGGACCUCCAAACGAGGCCGGCUUUCUAAACCACUCCCUGUUCUCGCUCUUCCAUCUCCCACCCUUCAAAAUCCCUCCUUCCAAUCUCAUCGCAUCUCCCACAGCCAUUCAAUCCACGCACGAUCAUGGACCCCACCCCUCCCCACGAAGUCGAAGAAUGCCGGGGCGUCCUCCGGGUCUACAGUGACGGCUCGAUCGUCCGAUCGCCCCAGCCCAGCUUCAGUGUCCCCAUCCACGACGAUGGAUCCGUCAUCUGGAAAGACGUCACAUUCGAUCCCUCCCACGAUCUCCAGAUCCGCCUCUACAAGCCUUCAGGCCCACCCGGGCCCACGAAAUUACCCGUGUUCUACUACUUCCACGGUGGGGGCUUCUGCAUCGGGUCCCGCACCUGGCCCAACUGCCAAAACUACUGCCUCCGGCUCGCGGCCGAUCUCCGAGCUGUAGUCGUCGCGCCCGACUACCGGCUUGCACCAGAGAACCGGCUCCCGGCCGCCAUCGAGGACAGCAUCGCAGCCAUUGAAUGGCUGAAAGGGCAGGCCGUGGCUGAAGAUCCUGACACGUGGUUAACAGAUGUCGCGGAUUUCGGGCGGGUGUUUAUCUCGGGCGACUCGGCGGGGGGAAACAUAGCCCAUCACCUUGCGGUUCGGUUCGGAUCCGACUCUACCGAGUUAGCACCGGUUCGGAUCCGUGGAUACGUUUAUUUAGCCCCCUUUUUUGGUGGGACGGUAAGAACCAGAUCCGAGGUGGACAGCCCGAGCGAUGCUUUCUUCCCUUUAGUACUCAAUGACAGGUUUUGGAGGUUAUCUUUGCCAGUUGGGGAGAAUACAGAUAACCCAAUAGUGAAUCCGUUCGGACCGUCUAGUCCGAGCCUUGAAACCUUGGCUCUUUGUCCGAUCUUGGUUGUGGUUGGAAGCUGUGAUUUACUGAGAGACCGGGCCGAAGAAUAUGUGAUGAAGUUGAAAGGGUGGGGAAAGAGAGUUGAGUUCAUGGAGUUUGAAGGGAAGCAACACGGCUUCUUUACCGUCGACCCUUGGUCUGAAGCAUCUAACAAGCUUAUGCAAGACAUCAAAAGAUUCAUGGCUGAAAAUGCAGAAUCGGAGUGAAUUAAAAUGCGACAUUGUGGUGGGUUUGAUCUCAAUGGUUGGUAUUUGGUGUUGUAGCUGUGUGGCACACUUUGUGGGAUAUGUUGCAGUUUUUAAGGACUUCUAUUGGUUUUC